UCGCUUCACAUAUGCCUCUCUACUACUAGUACGACUGGUGACCAAAUUCCGUCCCGCAAAAAACGCCCACAUAACUGGUUUGCAGGGUCACCACGAGCUAUCUAGUCUUCGGAAAUAUGGCACUUUUCUCUUUCUUUGCAGGUUUGAUCGGUUAUUUGCUUAUUUGCCUGCUUGGAUUGAUUUUCAUCGCAUUUCUCUGUUUUUGUCUUUACAUAAAAUAUAUUCAUCUGAAAUAUGAUCACAUACCGGGACCACCAAGGGAAAGUUUUAUAUUUGGUCAUUCCCCAACCAUGCUGAGGGAGAUGAGCAAUGGUCGAGUUGUCCACGACAAAUUUCUGGAAUGGGCUGAGACUUAUGGACCGGUGUACCGUAUCAACGGUUUGCAUGUUGUGAUGUUGUUUGUGACCUGUCCUGAUACCACCAAGGAAGUCCUGAUGUCACCUAAGUACCCCAAAGCCCCAAUGGUCUACAAGCGUCUCUUCAACCUGUUUGGACAGAGGUUUUUGGGAAGUGGCCUGGUCACAGCACAGAAUCAUGAUGAGUGGUACAAACAGCGAAGAAUAAUGGACCCUGCCUUCAGCAGUCUGUACCUGCGGGGUCAGAUGGGUGCGUUCAACGAGAGGGCAGAGAAGCUGAUGGAUAAACUGGCGGACAUGGCUGACACCAACACAGCUGCCAACAUGCAACACAUGUUCAACUGUGUGACACUGGAUGUCAUCACUAAGGUGGCGUUUGGAGUGGAGCUGGAUCUGCUGAAGGAGAUUGACUCUCCGUUCCCCAACGCUAUAGAGAUGUGUCUGAAGGGAAUGGUCCACUAUCUCAGAGACUUCACCUUCCAGCUCUACCCAAAGAACAAGAAGUUCAUCAACGAGGUGAAGAAGUCUUGUCAGCUGCUGCGUUCGACAGGCAGACAGUGGAUCAACGAGAGGAAAAUGGCCGUCCAAAACGGAGAGGACGUUCCAAAAGACAUCCUCACACAGAUCCUCAAGACGGCUGGCAAAGAGGAAAACAUAGCAAACGAUGAUGAGGAGCUUAUGCUGGACAACUUUGUGACAUUCUUCAUUGCGGGGCAAGAGACAACAGCCAAUCAACUAGCUUUUACCGUCAUGGAACUGGGAAGGCUGCCAGAGAUAUUGACAAAGGUGAAGCAGGAAGUGGAUGACGUCAUCGGGAUGAAACAGGAAAUCAGCUUUGACGACCUGGGGAAAAUGACCUACCUGUCUCAGGUUUUGAAGGAGACUCUAAGGUUGUACCCUACAGCACCAGGCACUUCUCGUUUCAUCCCUAACGACAUCGUCAUCAACGGCAUCCCCAUCCCAGCAGGAGUCUCAUGCUUCUUCAGUUCGUAUGUCUGUGGAAGGUUGGAUAAGUUCUUUGAGGACCCGCUGAAGUUUGACCCAGAGAGGUUCCAUCCAGACGCUGCCAAACCCUAUUACUGCUACUACCCCUUCGCCCUGGGACCACGCUCAUGUCUGGGACAGAGCUUCGCACAGAUGGAGGCCAAGGUAGUGAUGGCCAAGCUGCUCCAGAGGUUUGACUUCAGCCUGCUGCCUGGCCAGUCCUUUGACAUCCUGGACACUGGGACUUUGAGACCAAAGAGUGGAGUGGUGUGUAACAUCAGACACAGAGGACAGACACCCGCAGCCUGACCCGACUGGGACCUGAACAUGACUAGCACUUCUCUAUAACAUACUUGUCUUAUUUCUUAUACUUCCUAGUGGAGCAAAUGACCUUUUUCUUUCAAUGAAGCACCUUAUUGAAUAUCUAGCAAUUUUUUUAUGAAAAUGGAUUUUGAACAAUUAUGUUUAUUCUUUGUAUCAAUGGUGAAAUAAUAUCUUAAAUAUGACGGUUCUAUGUGAUGAAGAGUUACUAGGACAGACUUGACAUAGGAGUGUUUGUAUUUGUACCGAUUCCUUGUUGUUAAUUUACCCUUAUCAUGUUGUUACUAUGCAGUAUACCAUUUAUCACAUAAUAUAAAGGUUACUAUGCAGUAUACCAUUUAUCACAUAAUAUAAAGGUUACUAUGCAGUAUACCAUUUAUCACAUAAUAUAAAGGUUACUAUGCAGUAUACCAUUUAUCACAUAAUAUAAAGGUUACUAUGCAGUAUACCAUUUAUCACAUAAUAUAAAGGUUACUAUGCAGUAUACCAUUUAUCACAUAAUAUAAAGAGAUUUAUAAAGUAUAUAUAACUUCUUUGAUGAACUUCCUAACCAACAUUACCACAGUGCCUCUGUUGGAGUGAAUUUACUAAAUUUUAAUAAAAUAAUUGACCAAACAUCA